AUGCAAAAAAUCACGUCACAUCUUCCUUCCUGGAACACGACGAAAAGUCAGAGUAAAAAGGGCUUUGACAAGGCCUACAAAGUCGUCGACAAGCUAGGCGCGCCAAUCAACCGCUUAUCCAACCGCAUCGGCAGCGAGGCCUUUUGGCCGACAACUCUCGACAAGGAGAGCGACAAGGCCGCCAGAAUUUUAAAAUCCUUUUGCAAGGAUGGCUUCUACACCGAGCAAGACGACGACGCCGCCAUCCCUGGCGACGGCCCGAAGCAGAAGCAGCGCGUGCUCAAAAAGAUUCCCCAGAGUGUCAUCGCCAACGCUGUCGGCCUCGCCAUCUUCACCACCAUGCGCACCGGCCUCUGGGUCUCCGGCGCCGGCGGCUCCGGCGUGCUCGUCGCGCGGCAGGAGGAGCACGACGGCGCGUGGUCGCCGCCCUCGGGCAUCAUGCUGCACACGGCCGGCCUCGGCUUCCUCGUCGGCGUCGACAUUUACGACUGCGUGCUCGUCAUCAACACGCGCGCCGCGCUCGCAGCCUUUACCAAGAUUCGCGCCACCAUUGGCGGCGAGGUGAGCGCCGUCGCCGGACCCGUCGGCGUCGGCGGCGUGCUGGAGAAUGACGGCCGCUGGAAGCAGGCGAACCGGCCCGUGUUUACCUAUCUAAAAUCGAGAGGCUUCUACGCGGGCGUGCAGGUGGACGGCACCGUCGUGAUUGAGCGCUCCGACGAGAAUGCGCGUUUUUAUAAUCAGACGGGCAUUGCGGCCGCGGACAUUUUGGCGGGCAAGGUGCGGAGACCGCCGCGGGAGACGCGCAAGCUCAUGGAGACGCUCAAGGCGGCCGAGGGUCGCGUGGACGUGGACGACGACAUCAUGGAGCAGCUCGAGCAUGAGCUUGCGCCGGGGGAUGUCCAAGUCACCUCGCCCAACGCCACUGCAACAACGUUUGGAUUUCCCGAGGAGGACGAUCCGGACCCCUACGGCGUGGCGGCGCUCGAAAAGGAAGGCCUCGGGAUCGUCGAGGCCGGCUCGCACGCCAGAGUGUCCAGCGACGAGUUUACGUUUCGCCCGCGCAGCGGAUACCGGUCUCGCGCCAACACGGCCUCCUCGACGCCCACGCACCGGACGAGUUUUGGCGCCGCGGCGCUCGCUCAGAACCCGCGCUGGAGCCACGACAGCGUCGCCACGACAACGUCGGAUGCCGCCACGCAGACGGAAAUUGAUCAGUCGCCCGAGGAGACGAGUUCUGCGCCGCCGAGCAGCCACAGCCAUAGCCCCCGUGUUCUGACGCGGCAUCAUCAUCAUGUGCAGGCAGAUGAGCCGCCGAGGUACGAGGAGCAGGGCCGCGAGCACAUUGACGAAAAGGCCCAGAGUCCGUACUCGGCCGGUGCAGACGGCAGAUUGCAUGGAGUAAACGGCCAUGAAGAGGAAGAGGACGGGUUUGCCGAUGCAGAGGAGGCGGUGGUCAAGCCGGUGGUGCUGCCCAAGGGUCCUCCGCCGGCGCUGCCUCCCCGACAGUCCGCCGAGACGAAGCCGGUGGACGCUGGUUUUGAAGAAUUGGAUUUGAACGAUUCAAAGCAUUAG